AUGGCUGACCAACUCCCAGAUUCGUCAGAAUUAUUCCACCAGGUCGAGGCUGCAGGCAACAGCCUGAUCAACCUGCACCUGCCGGGCACUUACACCUCCCUCCCUCUCUGGGCUUCUAUUCCACAGCAACGAGGUGACUCUGGAGGACAACAUCCAUUUCUUGCCAAGUUGGCCAAGGAGGAGUACAGAGGGGGCACGGGGCAUCUCUUGAUGAUGCAAAACCAGCUCGGCUGCUGCCUCUUCCAGGAGAUGCACAAGCCCUCCCAAGAUGAGUGGGGUGCCGCCCCUGACGCCGCAGAAGCCACCAUGCUCUUGGAGAAGAACCUGGGCCAGGCCCUUUGGGACCUGCAUGCCCAGGUUUCUCCCCACACAGACGCUUGUCACUGUGCCUUCCCGGAAAGCCACUCACUAGGGUAA